CUACGUCCACUCUGCGCUCGUCUUCAUCGAUCGGCAGCAAACACACAAAGAUUCUUCUGAAAACCAUCUGCGAGCAAUCAGUGAAGUAAUCAAUGGCGGAAACUUUAUUUGAAUUGGAACAGGUUUUGUUGGCCAAGAAGGAAAAAUUGACGCCACAAGAAGCAAAUAUACUGCUGAAUUGCCGGUCUAAGGCUGUCAAGAAUUUCACUGUGGGUGCUCUUGUUGGAGCUGGUAUUGGAUGGACAGCAACACCAAGGCUCAGUAGGUUGUUAAGAGUGUAUCUUUCUGGAGGCGCUGCUGCUUUUCUUGGGUUGUGGAGAUUCGGUAGGUCGUUGAAUUCAUGUGUUGAUCAUAUUCUUGAAUUGGAUGGAAGUCGGAUUCAGAGGGAGUUAGCUAACAUAAUGGCGACGAAACAUGGAGAUGAUCCAUGGAUAAUGCAGCUUAUGUCUAGGCGGUUUUAUUCUGAGAAGGUUUAUGAUGACUCAACCUCUGAUCAGCCAAAGAUAAGGUGGCGGUACCGAAAUUUUUAUAGUGAUGACAUCAUUAAUGGUCAAAGAACACAUGAAAACGACUCUCACAGCAACUUCCAAGGUGAUUCCCGCCGAGACUCUCAAAUUAAUAAUCUUGGUAACUCUCAGAGUGAAUCCAGCAACACCCGCACUCACAGUCGCAAUAACUCUGACAAAAGAAGGAUCAAUUUGGAGCCCAACCAAGCUAUGAGCUCUGGCAUUGAUGUAAUGGCAGACCCUCUCGAUUGUCUUUUUGGUUAUCCUGGAACAAAGGAGGAAGUUAAUUGCCCCAAUACCUCAACCACUACCUCCAGAAUGCAUACUCGAAACCGUAAAAGAUCUCAUCGCAGACAUCGAAUGCGCCACCAUGAUGACUCGCUGGAUGCCCAGGUUGUUUGACUUCAUAUGUUAUAAUAAGUAUCCCUGAUGAGAUCAGAAAUGACAGUUAAAAGGAAAUUACAUAUUGGAGUUGUGAAGGUUUUGCUGGAUGGAAACCCUUUCGCAUAAAAGCAACUUUUGGACUACAAGGUUACUUGAUAUCAGGUACUUGCCAUUUACUUUGUACUGUUGUAAAGCUGUUGUUUCAUGAAUUAAUAGUUGUUUUAGGCUCUUUAUGAACCUUUUUUGGGGAAUUGUUACCAAUGCUUCUUUGAAGAUUCAUUAAAAGACUAUUCAUUUAGUUGUGAA